AUGGAUCCAAAUGAAUACGUACGACCAGUGUUAAUAUUCUUGAACACAAUAGUUCUCAUUACAUAUCCUCUUCAUUUGGUUUUCGUCGUAUCUUUAAUCCGUAAUCGACAUUCCAGUGCUCUUGGAACACCGUUUCAUCAUCUUUUAUUGAGUGUUGGGAUUUCUGACUUAGUUAGUGCUACUGGAUACUUGUUACUACAAGAACCAGCAUGGCUUGGAAUAGCAUCACAUUUCUAUCUAGGAAAUGCAUGGUGGAUCGCUAAGGUGGUCAACAUUUGUGGUAUCGCAAUAUCGAAUGUUCCUGUAUAUAUUCAUUUCUUCCUUGCUGUUAAUCGUUUAACCGCUGUACGAUUACCGGCUGAGCAUUACCUUAUCUGGAGAUAUCCAACAGUUCACAAGAUCACCUAUAUCGUAUGGACUAUUACGAUAUGUAUCUCAUUGCCAAUGAUUUAUCCCAUUGAGUUCCAAGGAUAUCAGAUGUAUAACGGAGGGAUUCAAAGUGUCGCGUUUCAUUUUAUAAAUCCUCUACCUGCUAAAAUGUACACACUUUACGUAAUGUGCUUAAGUGCUCUUAUUUUCCCAACCAUUAUUAUUUACAUUUACCUUCUAACGUAUAUAUGGUUCUUAAAGUUCGUGUCCAGAAAUAAACAGCAUAUCCAAGCAAUCGUCGUCAAGAGUACUGUAGCUGUUUUCUUCACAAGCAUAGGUGAUGUUAUCCUCGCUACUGUACUUGGAUCCCAACAACUGUAUUGGAUUCUGUAUGAGAAGGACUUGUUAGAUCCUCCAACCUUCUGGUUAGCAUUCAAAAUAGGACGUGAUUUGCACAAUAUAGCUACACCAUGGGCUAUGCUGUUACUUUUUAAAAGACUACGAAAGUCCAUUAUACACGGGACCUCAUCGAGAAACUCAAAUACGGUGAAACUCUAG